CCACUCUAUGUGGUAUUGCAGGUAACGAGAAACAGAUCAACGGCGCCUUCUAAAUAUAUAUCCGUAGCAGACGACCCCGCAGGACUGGCUUGAUUGUAGCCAUGGCCGCUCUGCAGACGGCCAAAAAGGACUUGCGAAGAAAAGUCCGUGAUGUUCUUCUAACUCUACCGAAAGAAUCGAUCGCUAGUCAAUCCACAAUUGUGACGAACCAGUUGCUGUCAUUGCCGGAAUAUCGCAAUGCCAAAAGGAUAGGCGUCUAUCUCUCUAUGCCAAGCGGAGAGAUCUCAACGACUAGCAUCGUUCAGAAUGCACUGAAAAGCGGAAAGGAAGUGUUUAUACCCUAUAUCCAUACCACUGAGAAUGCUCCAGCACAACCAAAGAGCUCUGUCAUGGAUAUGCUUGCUUUGAAUUCUAUGGAAGAAUUCGAAUCGCUCAAGCCAGACAAAUGGGGCAUACCAUCACUCGAUGAAGCGUCUAUUUCGGACAGGGAGAACUGCUUAGGUGGCUACGGAGUCGCCUCCCCAUGGCAUCCACACACUGCGAGGAAAAGCCCAGGCUUAGACUUGAUCGUUAUGCCGGGAAUGGCAUUUGACAAAAGUCUCAGAAGACUGGGCCAUGGGAAAGGGUAUUACGAUAGGUUUCUCGCAAGAUAUUCGACAGACGAGGAACGGAAGAAGAGCACACCUCAAAGACCUUUCCUUGUCGCUCUCGCUCUGAAAGAGCAGGUUCUUCAGCCCCCAGAGGAAAUACCGGUGUCUGAGCACGACUGGCCGGUAGAUGCCGUCAUUGUCGGUGACGGCCAGAUCAUAAGCCCCAGAAGCUGAUAUGCAUCUCACAUGCUUUCUUUCUCCAGACUUUUCUCCCUUUUUUGGAUACUGCGCAGCCGCUCCUCCAACGCCAAAGGUAUAAGAUUAUUAAUAGAUCAGAGGACAAGUCGAGUUUAUUGUACUGCUUGGAUCAGCGAUACGUUGUCUCCCUUGAGGAGUAUUUGACCUAGACGCAAGAUGUCAGAGAUUGCAAAAUCACAAAUAGA